AUGCGACGAGUAAUUGCUCUGUAUCUGAUAUGCAGGACGGCGUGGAGUGUGUGGUAUAUCAACUCUUCGGUGCAGAAUCUGAUCAAGGAGAACUGUUUGUAUGGUCAGUCAAAGGAGAAGCAACGUGGAUUUGUUUAGAUUUGUUGGGUUUAGGGAGAGAACGGGACGUUUACUUAGCUUUGCGUCAUCAUUGGGGUUUAUAAAAGUUCAUUUUUAAAAGAUUAGCGUGGUUAACCUAAGAAAAACAUGACUUUUAAUCAAGGGCACAGAAAGGAAAAUCAUUCGUGGUUUUCUAUAUCCUAACAAUAAAUUAAUGACGCCCGUUUUGAACUAUUAAUAUACAUAAGUACAACAGCAAAUAAGCUUGAUAAAACUGAUCCGUAUUUUUCAGAAUGCGACACAACGAUUGAUUGCCCGAAUGGCCUCAGUUGCUUCCAAGCGUCACAGAACAAAAAAGGAUGCUGUUUGCAUGGUACGUCAACCAUUUCAAAGUUAUAGCCAGAAUGGAGGGAAGGCUUGGAUUUUGAUGCAAGACAUAGCAAAGUUUUCUUCCAUAACAGAUUUAGCUAACACCUUUAUGCAAAAAAAAAAUCUUUUUUUUUCUCUGGCCACCCCCAAUUUCGCCCAUUCUCUCGUCGCCAAGUAUAAUAUCUUGAGCAUGUUAGUUGCCAAUGCAAAGCGUGAGCUAAGAUUUUGAGGUCUUGGCGUCGGCCUGAGCUUGAUUUUUAGGCAAAAUUUGAAGAUAGUCUAGCUUUUGAAAACUUUUGUUUUUUGGUGCACCUAACUUUUUCAAGACAUAAGAAAAACUUUUAGUACUCCGACCAAACGAAACAGGAUGCCUAAUUGAUGAGCAAUGCACAAGGGCUUGCGCGACAAGCUACUGCAAAAAGAAUGACACUGUCGGAAGAUGCGCUUGUCAACAAGGAUACAAUUUUCUGUUCGGGAAAUGCUGUAAGUUGAUAUAAUUUGACUGACCAAUGUUCUAAUCAAAUUAUCGAAUUUGUUUUUCACAUGGAGAAGCGUCUGUUCAAUGACACCUCAUUUUAUGAUGUUUUUAUUUACAAAUAUCACUAAGCGUUUGUUGAUGUUUUAACUUUUUUAAUUCAUCACAUCAUCAAGUCAGCUUUUUAAUGUAUGAAAAUUGUGUUUUUUAGGGAAAGAUUGUCCGUAUUUUGCCUCAAGAAAAGUUUACAUGGAUGCCGUUGAUGGGCUCGAAACUCAAUGUAUUCUCAAUUCGAAUGAUCUUGAUACGGAACUGCUUGGAUCGGGCCGCUACAGGCGAUCGUUAAGUUAUUGCUAA